CUCAGAAGAAACGGCGGAAAAGACAAAAACGACACGCCUCAAACCGGGACCAAAACGGGACGAAACCGGGUCUAAACCGGGUCUGCGCCUGGAUCGAAGCGUAACGGACCGGGCUGAACUCGGACUGCACCGAGACACGCGUUUUUCGAUUUGGAUUCUGUACCUUCCUAAAGUCCGGAUUGUCUGGAUUAAACUGGACUUUCCUGAUCCUGCUUUGGGGAUUGCUUGGCUCUGAUUGGACCAGCCUGUACGUUGGAUUUACUUUUGUUAAUUUUACGUAUUUUUUGGACUGCAAUUUUCAUCGGACACAUUUCCAUUUUUAUAUUUGUAAUGUUCAUUUUGUCUCCUAUUUUAGUAUAAAGUGUGGACAUUUUAAAGUGCACAUCUGUGGCGAUUCAGAGGAAUAAUUUUUUACUGUUUAAGUAUAUUUUUGUGUACAUUUAUCGUGCGUCCCUCGUCUCGGAGUCAGGCUCUUGAUGCCUGAGUACUACAGCUCCCAGGGUGCACCUCUCUCCCCCUCGGCCAAUCAGAGAGCGGCGUCAGAGCACGGCGAUAUGAGCGACUUCUGGCACAAAAUGAGCUGCUGCGUCAUUGCCAAACCACCCCCGAAGAGGAAGAGGAGAAGGAUCGACCGCAGUAUGAUCGGGGAGCCCACUAACUUCAUCCACCUGACGCAUAUCGGUUCUGGGGAUGCUGCCGAGGCAGUGCAGCCAAUGGGCUUAGUUCAGGACCAGAUCAGAGCCAAAGGACUCAACGGACGCAGCAGCCUCUUAUAGCACUGACAGGUUUGACGAGGCGCCCGAACGUUCAGAGGAAACUACAGAACUACAACCUCCAAAAACUACAGCUCCCAUCAUGCAUUUCACCUCUGGACUCACCCGAGGCUCAGACUCUUAUUCUGAAAAGUCCU